ACUCCUGAUUUUCAUUGGUCCACAUCAUCAAAAUAGAAAGCAGCAUGUUUUGGAAGAUGACAAUGUUGUUAAUUUUGGCAAUUUUUGCCUUUUUUAGCGCAGUUAGUGCUGAUGUCGUGAAAGGAGCAGUUCAACUCAAUUCCGGCGUUUUUGACAAGAUUGUUGAUAAACACAAAGCAGUGCUGGUGAAGUUUGAUGAGACUUAUCCAUAUGGGGAUAAACAGGAUGCAUUUAAGAAAGUUGCAGAGGCCUGUAUAAGCCAGAGUGACCUGCUUAUUGCUGAGGUCCAAGUUGCAGAUUAUGGUGAGAAGGACAACAUGGAUCUUGCUGAGAGGUUUAAGGUGCCAACAAACAAGGAUGCACACCCGACCUACUUACUUUUCCUGCAGGGCAGAGAUGAACCAGUCAAGUAUGAAGGCGAUAAGCUUCAAGCUGACGACAUCAAGAAGUUUAUCAUGAAAGAAUCAGGUUUGUGGAUUGGACUGCCUGGCUGCCUUGAGCAGUUUGACGUCCUCGUAAAGCAGUUUUUCUUGCCCUCGGCCAACAGGGAUGAGCUCAUCGCACGUGGAGAAGAGCAGGCAAAACUCCUCUCAAAGGACGUAGAGAAAACAUCAUCUGACAUGUACAUUAAAAUCAUGAAGAGAGUUGCUGAAAAGGGCACAGGUUUUGUAGACUCGGAGAUUGAAAGGCUGGAAAAACUACGCUCUGGAAAAUUGAGUGAUAAGAAAAAGGAGCAGUUAGCGGAUAGGCUCAAUAUUUUGGCUACAUUUAGUGUUAGUUUGGCUCAAUCUGGAAAAAAAGAUGAAUUGUAACAGAAAAGAAAACAUGAUUUUUAAAAUUGUUUUGUGCAAAUCUACGAAGAUCUUCAUAAUCAAAAUCCUAGAUUUGGUUUGGUAUCCUAAUUGUUAAUUUGUACAUCAGGUUCUUUUGGGGGAAUAUACUUCUUCCAAUUGGAAACAUUUGAUAAUAUUGUUUAUACAAGGUGAAAACCACUAUGUUAUGGUAUUUUUCAAUACAUUUCAUCAAUUGUUAUUUAAUCUUUUUCAUGUUUUUAUGCAGUAGACAGCUUUUUAUAUAUUUUGUUUGUAUAGAGUUAUGGGUCUAUAAAUCAGCAUUUGUCUUACACAGGAAGUGCUCAAGAUUAUCUUGUUUUAAGCAUAGUCUAAUCAAGUUCUACUAGUAUUUGAAUUGUCUGAGUAAUUAUUGAUACACUAUUAUAACUAUAAAUGUUUAAAUUGCAUGUUUGUGUACUAGUAAUUGAAAUGUUAUGAAUGGAUGGAUGAAAUGGUGUUUUAAAAUGUGUGUAAAUUUGUUCAAAACUGAUUCCAAUCCACAGCCAGAUUGAUUUUAAUGUUGUUUGUUAAUGAAUCUUGUCAUGUCUUGUAAAGAGGGCAUAAUUCAAUCAAUAAAGCAUGUAUGGAAAUGUUA